AUGGAUAUUGUGAAGGGAAAGUUGGCGAAGAAUGUGAUAAUGAAGGCAUGGAGGAAGUGCAAUUUAACAAACCAGAGCAGCAGCAAGAGGAAGAAGAGCAAGGGCUGCAGAGUACUAGCUCCGGAUGGGUGCUUCUCGGUCUACGUUGGACCAGAGAAGCAACGAUUCGUGGUGAAGGUUGAGUUUGCUAACCAUCCAUUGUUCAAGGUACUGUUAGAGGAUGCUGCCUGGGAAUACGGGUACAGUACUGGAGGUCCAAUUUUGCUUCCUUGCGAUGUGGAUUUGUUCUGCAAUGUUUUGGCAGAGAUGGAGAACAAUGUUGAUGGCGAUAUGAUGAGUUUAUCCGACGAGUUUUUUUUCAUACAAUGUAGCAGUCCAGCUCGUCGUCCUCGUUCAGAUUCGAGCAUGAUUAAGGGCUAUGAUGGUGCUUAUAUGCUGCUUAGUCCAUCAGUUGGUUAA